AUGACGACCAAUGUAAUACUAGAAACCACAAUGGGCCCAAUCACGCUGGAGCUCUACACGGAGCACGCGCCCAAGACUUGCGCCAACUUUACCGCGCUCGCCCGCCGCGGCUACUACAGCAGCACCGUCUUUCACCGCAUCAUCCCCAACUUUAUGAUUCAGGGCGGCGAUCCGACCGGCACCGGCCGCGGCGGGUCGUCCAUUUACGGAGACAAGUUCGCCGACGAGAUUCACCCGGCGCUCAAGCACACGGGCGCCGGCGUCCUCAGCAUGGCCAACUCGGGCCCCGACACCAACGGGUCACAGUUCUUCGUCACGCUCGCGCCCACGCCCUGGCUUGACGGCAAGCACACUAUCUUUGGGCGCGUGGCCAAGGGGCUCGCCACGGUCAAGCGCAUGGGCAUGGUGCCCACGGGGGCCGAGGACCGGCCCGUGGAGGAGGUGCGUAUCGUGACGGCCAAAGUGGUGGAAGGGUCCGAAGAGGAAUUGUAA